UGUCGAGGCGACCGUAGGGCCGCGGCCGCGGCGGCUGCAUCGUUGAAGGGUCCUGGAGGCAGCUGAAACACCUCGUUGGAGCGACUGUCGCGACAAUGGCACACGAAGGCUCGAGGCAGGCUCGAGACCGUGGGAUGACCCGAUCCAAAGCGGAAAAGGCCCGGCCACCCACCCAGCCAGUGCCACAGGUGGACAUCGUGCCUGGGCGGCUCAAUGAGGCAGAAUGGAUUGCAUUAAUGUCCCUGGAGGAGGGUGAGGACGUAGUGGGUGACAUCUUGGCCGACCUUCUGACUCGAGUCAUGGAGUGUGCCUUCAAAGUUUACCUGACCCAGCAGUGCGUCCCAUUCACCAUUAGCCAGGCCCGAGAGGCCAUGGUGCAGAUCACUGAGUGGCGUUUCCUGGCCCGUGAUGAGGGAGAAUCUGCAGUGGCCGAGGACCCCACGUGGGGCGAGGACGAGGAGCCCCUGACAUGCACCACGGGUGCCUGGGCCCAGGGCUCCGUGCCUGUACUGCACGCACCUGCGCCCGAUGGUGUGGAGGAGCACUUCCAAGGCGAAGAACGUGGGAACCCGGACCACUUCCUUUUAGGUUCAUCGUGGUCAGACAGAGAGUCCCAGGAGCAGACACAAUCUCCAGAGCCUUCUGCCGAGACAGGAGUCUCCUUGGGACCCAUGCCCACCUUGGAGAUAUUUCAGAAAGUUGAGCCUGAAGAUGCUUCAGAAGAACUUGGCGGGCAGGAGGGAAGCCAUACCUUGCCUGCGUCCCAGGAAAAGUCUUUACAAUCUAGUCACAUCUUGGCCGAGCCCUCGAAGGUGCCUUUAGGGCCUAGCCACAUCUUGGCCUUGCCUUGGAAGGAGUCUUUCCAACCUCCACAGGAAGUCGUGCGCAUGGUAGGCAGCCCCCAGGGCUCUGCAGAGAAGGGCUCCCAGCUGUCACUGGAGGUUCUUUACCACAGCGAGCUUAAUCCAGACGCGGCAGGGGAUGCGCUGAAACACAGGAGCAAGGAGAGGCCCCCUGCCUCUGCCUCCUCAAAGGGGUCUGUGUCCCUCCUCAGUGUGCUCACCCCGGAAAUGCUCUCCCGGUCGCCGCAAAGCCGCAGGACGCCCACAGUGCGUCUGGAUCCCGCGCGGCUACCCCGCCACUGGGUGCGUCCUGUGGCCGAGGUCCUGAUGUCAGACCCCGAAUCAAGCCCUUUAGAAAUAUAUCGCGGGCGCCCAAGGGGUGAAAAAACUCAAACUGGGGCCCGAACCUCAGCAUCCAAGUCCCAAACUCUUGACUCCCUCCUGCACCCCAAACUCCCUGUCUCCACCUCAAAGUUGCCUUCCCAGUCUUGUGCUCCAUUCCGUGCACUGGGCUCAGAUCCCACUUUAAACUUGGCUCAAUCCUCACCAGCCUUCGGGUCAAAGUUGCCAUUCCUCAGCCCCGGGUUCCGCUUCCUUGCCGGAAACCCCAUUCCUCCCGAAGUUGCCCGCAGCCCCAGCCCAAAACUAUGGCCCCGAGCUAAGUGGCCUAGUGGCUGGGAGCGGGAGGCGGAGCAGCUGGGAGAGCUGUGGGCGGGCCGGACUCGUGUGCCUCCGCAGGGCCAGGAACCUGUUGAUGACAGUGCUUCGGAGGACUCCGGAUGGCCCCUAGCGGCACCCCAGGUCCUCGAGGCCACGUCCCAGGUGCUGUGGAAGCCGAUGGUUUUUUCAGAAACCAUGAAGCUGGUUCCUGGUGUGAGUAUGUGGAACCGGGGCACUCACGAGCUGCUCAGUCCCGCUGCCACCCAGGAGGAGGCUGAAGGAGGCAACUCCCCUGCGCCUGAGCAGCUACCCAUCCAGACAGGUGUGUCCAAGCCCCAGGUGAUGAUGACACAGCUCAUAAAGAAGGAAACCCCCAAAGCCUGGCUGCUCCCUGCUAAGCCUGUGCCCCACUCUGGCUCCUGAGCCUCCACGCUGGGAACUGAAUCUUGCCCAAAAUAAACGUACUUUGCAGCCGGAACUGACUGUCGAGAUGGUGCUAUUUCUUCCAAGGCU